GUGGAGAAGCAAUGAAGCCCAUGAAGAAGACAUGCACAGGUCUUCCCGGUCCUGGCAGUGGGAGCAGGUCCCCACCAGCCACCCGAGCCAAGGCCCUGCGGCGGCGGGGUGCUGAGGAGGGUGACAAGCCCGAGGAAGAAGAGGAUGAGACACAGCCGCCACCGCCACUGCCUCCAGGGCCAGAAGAGGCUGAAGGUGAGGAGGAGGCCGAGCGGGGUCCCAGGGCCGAGGGCCUGACCCCAGAGCUGCACCCUGAUGACCAGACCCCAGGCGUAGUGGAGGACCCCAAGAUAGAGGGAGAGGCAGGCCGCUGGGAGCCGUCCCUCAGUCGGAAGACAGCCACGUUCAAGUCACGUGCGCCCAAGAAGAAGUAUGUGGAAGAGCAUGGGACCUGCGGGGCAGCGGGGGGCCCUGAGGAGCAGGCUCGGACCCCUGAGGAGGCUGGUGCCCCGGGGGUGCCUCCACGGCCCCCCACCUCCACCCGCUCCUCCUCCACCGACACAGCCAGUGAGCACUCGGCUGACCUAGAGGAUGAGCCAGCCGAAGCUGGGGGGCCGGGGGCCUGGCCUCAGGGCGGCUCUGGGGCCAGCUAUGACCUCCGGCAGCUUCGGUCCCAGCGUGUGCUGGCCCGCCGCAGCGACGGCCUCUUUUUGCCUGCUGUGGUGCGCCAGGUACGCCGAAGCCAGGACUUAGGAGUGCAGUUCCCAGGGGAUCGGGCCCUAACUUUCUACGAGGGGGCACAUGGGGGCGGUGGCGGCGCUGGUGGCAGCUCGGUGGAUGUGGUUCUAGAUGCCACACCGCCCCCGGGCGCGCUGGCAGUUGGCACGGCUGUGUGUACCUGUGUGGAACCCGGUGUGGCUGCCUACCGUGCGGGUGUGGUGGUGGAGGUGGCCACCAAGCCUGCUGCCUACAAGGUCCGCCUCAGCCCAGGCCCGGGUUCCCAAGCUGGACCCCCCACUGGUCCCCCUCAGGCCUCCCAGCUGCCCCACCGUGAGGCCGAGGAGGCCGUGUGGGUGGCUCGCUCUAGCCUGCGACUGCUGCGGCCCCCCUGGGAGCCAGAGGCCCUGCCAAGAAAGCCCCCCAUGGGCCCUGAUGAGGAGCAUGCUGAACCUGGAGCCCCCCUGCCUCCCUGCCCUGCGGCCCUGGACCCCAAGCAGCCUGAGGAUGCCGAGGUUUCCAAGAUCAGUUUUGGAGGCAACCUGGGAACCUGUGAGGAGGGUGAGGAGAAGCACCCGCCUGCCCUGGGCACCCCUGCCCUGCUGCCACUGCCCCCUCCCCAACUCCUUUCACCGCCCCCCAAGUCUCCAGCCUUCGCCGGACCCGGCCGCCCUGGUGAGCAGCCGUCACCGUGCCAGGAGGGCAGCCAGGGUGGCAGCAGGAGCAGCAGCGUGGCCUCCCUGGAGAAGGGCGUGACACCCACUGCCCGGGCCCGCACUCCGCUAACAGCCGCACAGCAGAAGUACAAGAAGGGCGACGUGGUCUGCACGCCCAACGGCAUCCGCAAGAAGUUCAACGGCAAACAGUGGCGCCGGCUGUGCUCCCGAGACGGCUGCAUGAAGGAGUCACAGCGACGUGGCUACUGCUCGCGGCAUCUGUCCAUGCGGACCAAGGAGAUGGAGGGCUUGGCGGACAGUGGCCCCGGUGGAGCGGGGCGGGCUGCUGGCGUGGUGGCCCGGGAGGGCAGUGCCGAGUUUGAAUGGGGAGACGAGACGUCGAGGGACAGCGAGGCCAGCAGCGUGGCCACCCGCGGGGACUCCCGACCACGCCUCGUGGCCCCCACUGACCUUUCCCGCUUUGAGUUCGACGAGUGCGAGGCAGCCGUGAUGCUUGUGUCUCUGGGCAGCUCGCGAUCGGGCACCCCAUCCUUCUCCCCCGUGUCCACGCAGUCCCCCUUUUCGCCAGCCCCGUCCCCCUCGCCCUCCCCGCUCUUUGGCUUUCGCCCUGCCAACUUCAGCCCCAUCAACGCCUCACCCGUGAUCCAGCGCUCAGCAGUGCGCAGCCGCCACCUGAGUGCCAGCACCCCAAAGGCUGGCGUGCUGACGCCCCCUGACUUGGGCCCCCACCCGCCUCCACCUGCCCCCCGAGAGCGCCAUUCCUCCGGCAUCCUGCCCACCUUCCAGACCAACCUGACCUUCACCGUGCCCAUCAGCCCUGGGCGGCGGAAGACGGAGCUGCUGCCACACCCAGGGGCUUUGGGGGCUCCGGGCUCAGGACCUGGAGGGGCUGCCCCGGACUUCCCGAAGAGUGACAGCCUCGACUCUGGCGCGGACACCGUAUCCCACACGCCGACGCCCUCCACUCCGGCUGGCUUCCGGUCUGUGUCGCCUGCUGUGCCCUUCUCCCGGUCCCGCCAGCCCUCGCCCUUACUGCUGUUGCCCCCACCUGCUGGCCUGACUUCCGACCCGGGCCCCUCAGUGCGGAGGGUGCCCGCUGUGCAGCGGGAUUCGCCUGUCAUCGUCCGCAACCCCGACGUGCCACUGCCCUCCAAAUUCGCAGGGGAAGUGGGCACUGCCAGUGAAGUGCGGGCCGGAGGGACUGGACGGGGCUGCCGAGAGACCCCAAUCCCCCCCGGAGUGACCAGUGGGAAAGCUGGCCUGCCCCCUCCUCUGCCAGCCCCAGUGCCCAUCACCGUGCCUCCUGCCGCGCCAACUGCUGUGGCCCAGCCGAUGCCCACCUUUGGCCUGGCUUCCUCGCCCUUUCAACCGGUGGCCUUCCACCCCUCCCCCGCGGCCCUGUUGCCCGUCCUGGUGCCCAGCAGCUAUGCCAGCCAUCCUGCGCCCAAGAAGGAAGUGAUCAUGGGCCGGCCCGGGACAGUGUGGACAAACGUGGAGCCACGCUCCGUGGCUGUGUUCCCCUGGCACUCGCUUGUUCCCUUCCUGGCCCCCAGCCAACCCGACCCCUCCGUGCAGCCAAGUGAGGCCCAGCAACCUUCCAGCCACUCAGUGACCUCCAACCAGAGCAAAGAACCUGCUGAGUCUGCAGCUGUUGCUCAUGAGCAGCCCCCAGGUGGGACCGGGAAUGCUGACCCUGGGCGGCCCCCCGGAGCCACCUGCCCUGAGAGCCCAGGGCCUCCCCACACUUUGGGUGGGGUGGACCCUGGCAAAGGUCCCCCUCCCACCACAGAGGAAGAGACCCCUGGGCCCCCAGGCGAGUCCCGACUGGACAGCGAGACGGAGAGUGACCACGACGAUGCUUUCCUCUCCAUCAUGUCUCCUGAGAUCCAGCUGCCUCUGCCACCAGGGAAGCGGCGGACCCAGUCCCUCAGCGCUCUGCCCAAGGAAAGGGACUCAUCCUCUGAGAAGGACGGACGUAGCCCCAACAAGCGUGAGAAGGAUCACAUCCGGAGGCCCAUGAACGCCUUCAUGAUCUUCAGCAAGCGGCACCGGGCCCUAGUGCACCAGCGUCACCCCAACCAGGACAACCGGACCGUCAGCAAGAUCCUGGGAGAGUGGUGGUAUGCCCUGGGGCCCAAGGAGAAGCAGAAAUACCAUGACCUGGCCUUUCAGGUGAAGGAAGCCCACUUUAAGGCUCACCCAGACUGGAAAUGGUGCAACAAGGACCGGAAGAAGUCCAGCUCUGAGGCCAAGCCCCCAAACCUAGGGCUGGCAGGGGGGCACAAGGAGGCUCGAGAGCGGAGCAUGUCUGAGACAGGCACUGCUGCUGCCCCCGGAAUGUCCUCAGAGCUCCUGUCUGUCGCUGCCCAGACGCUCUUGAGCUCAGACACCAAAGCCCCGGGGAGCGGCUCAUGUGGGACGGACCGUCUGCACACAGUCGGGGGCCCUGGCUCAGCCCGGCCUCGGGCAUUCUCCCACAGUGGGGUGCACAGCCUGGAUGGUGGGGAAGUUGACAGCCAAGCGCUCCAGGAGCUGACUCAGAUGGUGUCUGGCCCUGCGUCCUACUCCGGCCCAAAGCCCUCUGCCCAGUAUGGGGCGCCAGGCCCUUUUGCUGCUCCCGGUGAGGGAGGGGCCCUGGCAGCCAGUGGGCGCCCCCCGCUGCUCCCCACCCGAGCCUCUCGUUCCCAGCGUGCAGCCAGCGAAGACAUGACAAGUGACGAGGAACGGAUGGUCAUCUGCGAGGAGGAAGGGGAUGACGAUGUCAUUGCUGAUGAUGGUUUCAGUGCUGCUGACAUCGACCUCAAGUGCAAGGAGCGGGUGACGGACAGCGAGAGCGGGGACAGCUCUGGGGAGGACCCAGAGGGUAACAAGGGCUUUGGCCGGAAGGUGUUCUCACCCGUGAUCCGCUCCUCCUUCACCCACUGCCGUCCUCCAAUAGACCCUGAGCCCCCAGGACCACCGGACCCUCCUACAGCUUUCGUCAAAGGCUAUACUUCUGCUCCCUCUUCCUGCUCCCCGGCUGCCUCCUCUGCCUCGGCUGCCUCUUCCUUCCCACUGGGCUCAGGAACCUUCAAGACCCAGGAGUCGGGACAGGGCAGCUCCAGCGGUCCCCUCCGGCCGCCACCCGCUGGGUCUGGGAGUCCAGCAACACCUUCCAAGGCCACUCGCUUUCUCCCAACGGAUCCUGCCCCCUUCAGGCGCAAGAGACCAGAGAGUGUGGGGGGCCUGGAGCCGCCAGUCCCCUCAGUCAUUGCUGUGCCACCAGGCGGGGGUGGUGGCAUCCUGCAGGGCCUGGCCCUGCCCCCAAGCAAAGAGGACCGGGAGGGCAGUGGUGCCCGCAUGCCUGCAGCCCCUGCCUCAUCACUGGCCUAUGGGGCUCCUACCGCCCCCCUGACCCGUCCAGCUGCUACCAUGGUCACCAGCGUGGUGCGGCCCGUCAGCAGCACUCCUGUGCCCAUUGCCUCCAAGCCCUUUCCCCCCUCCGGCCGGGCAGAGGCAUCUCCCAAUGACUCGGCAGGUGCUAGGACUGAGACUGCUGGAGGGUCCCCGCUGGGCGUCAGUUUAGUGUAUUCAGACAAGAAGACAGCAGCCGCCACCUCACCAGCCCCACAUCUGGUGGCUGGACCCCUGCUGGGCACUGUGGGGAAAGCACCUGCCACGGUCACCAACCUACUGGUGGGCACUCCAGGUUAUGGGACCCCAGCGCCCCCUGCUGUCCAGUUCAUUGCCCAGGGAGCUCCUGGCAGCGGGGCCAGUGCAGGCUCAGGAGCAACUGCAGCAAGUGGCCCCAAUGGACCGGUGCCCUUGGGUAUCCUGCAGCCGGGUGCCCUGGGCAAGGCUGGAGGGAUUACCCAGGUGCAGUACAUCCUGCCCACGCUGCCCCAGCAGCUGCAGGUGGCGCCCGCCCCAGCACCAGCCCCUGGGACCAAGACAGCGGCUUCUGGUGGCCCUGCACCCACCACCAGCAUCCGCUUCACCCUCCCACCGGGCACCUCCACCAACGGCAAAGUCCUGGCUGCCACCGCACCCACUCCUAGCAUCCCCAUCCUGCAGUCCGUUCCCUCUGCCCCGCCCCCCAAAGCCCAGUCCGUGUCUCCAGUGCAGGUGCCGCCACCUGGUGGCUCAGCCCAGCUGCUGCCAGGGAAGGUCCUGGUGCCCCUGGCCACGCCCAGCGUAUCAGUGCGGGGCAGUGGGACCGGCCAGCCACUGCCCCUGGUGAGCCCCCCCUUCUCGGUUCCUGUACAGAAUGGCGCACAGCCCCCCAGUAAGAUCAUUCAACUGACUCCAGUGCCCGUGACCACCCCCAGCGGCCUGGUGCCGCCCCUCAGCCCAGCCACACUCCCCGGACCCACCUCACAGCCCCAGAAGGUUCUGCUGCCUUCCUCCACCAGGAUCACCUACGUCCAGUCGGCAGGAGGGCAUGCACUGCCCCUGGGCACCAGCCCUGCAUCCAGCCAGCCUGGCACCGUCACCUCAUAUGGGCCCACAAGCUCUGUUGCCCUUGGCUUCACCUCCCUGGGACCUAGUGGCCCAGCCUUUGUGCAGCCCCUGCUUUCAGGCCAAGCUCCUCUGCUGGCUCCUGGCCAGGUGGGCGUGUCACCUGUGCCCAGCCCCCAGCUGCCCCCCACUUGCACAGCUACUGGGGGUCCCAUCAUCACAGCGUUUUACCCUGGCAGUCCUGCACCCACUUCCUCAGCACCUCUGGCCCAGCCAUCGCAGGCCAACCCAGGUCUGGUCUACACCGUGGCCACCAGCACCACCCCACCUGCCGCUGCCACCCUGCCCAAGGGCCCACCAGGCCCUGCUGCUGCCACCCCAGCCCCCACCAGUCCUUUCCCAAGUGCCACAGGCUCCAUGACUUACAGCUUAGUGGCCCCCAAAGCCCAGCGGCCUGUGCCCAAGGCCCCCCAGAAAGUGAAGGCAGCCAUUGCCAGCAUUCCUGUGGGCUCCUUUGAGGCGGGUGCCCCAGGGAGGCCUGGCCCAGCAUCCCGGCAACCGCUGGAACCUGGCCCCUCCCGUGAGACUCCAGCCCCCGAGUCUGAGUUGGAGGGGCAGCCAACAACUCCAGGCCCCCCACCGCCCCCAGAGGCCUGGCCUCCUGGGGCUCGGAGCAGCCCCCCUCCACCCCCAGCUGCCGAGGAGCGGGGUAGCACCAAGGGUGCAGAGAGCAUUGCCAGCAAAUUCCCUAGCUCAGCUGCAGACUGGCGUGUCCCGGGACUGGGCCUAGAGAACCGUGCAGAGCCUCCUGCCCCUCCCAGCCCUGCACCCGGGAGCAGCAGUGGCGGCGGGAACGGCGAGGGCGGCAGCGGGAGGGCAGCUGGGGACACCCCUGAGCGCAAGGAGGCCACAGGCACCGGCAAGAAGGUGAAGGUGCGGCCCCCGCCCCUGAAGAAGACCUUUGACUCUGUGGACAACAGGGUCCUGUCCGAGGUGGACUUCGAGGAGCGCUUUGCCGAGCUGCCCGAGUUCCGGCCGGAGGAGGUACUGCCCUCGCCCACCCUCCAGUCUCUGGCCACCUCCCCCCGUGCCAUCUUGGGCUCCUACCGCAAGAAGAGGAAGAACUCCACAGACCUGGACUCGGCCCCUGAGGAUCCCACCUCACCCAAACGCAAGAUGAGGAGACGCUCCAGCUGCAGCUCGGAGCCAAACACCCCCAAGAGCGCCAAGUGCGAAGGGGACAUCUUCACCUUUGAUCGCACAGGGACAGAAGCCGAGGAUGUGCUGGGAGAGCUGGAAUAUGAAAAGGUACCCUACUCCUCACUGCGCCGUACCCUGGACCAGCGUCGUGCCCUGGUCAUGCAGCUGUUUCAGGACCACGGCUUCUUCCCCUCUGCCCAGGCCACGGCUGCCUUCCAGGCUCGCUAUGCGGACAUCUUCCCCUCCAAGGUGUGUCUGCAGCUGAAGAUCCGUGAGGUGCGCCAGAAGAUCAUGCAGGCAGCCACGCCCACCGAGCAGCCCCCUGGGGCUGAGGCCUCACUGCCUGGACCACCCCCCACUGGCGCUACUGCUGCCCCUGGCCCCACUCCCAGCCCUGCGGGGGUGCCUGACCCCACCUCUCCUGGCUCGGACUCUGGCACAGCCCCAGCCGCCCCACCUCUGCCUCCACCCCCUGAGCCAGCGCCCGGGCAGCCUGGCUGGGAGGGCCCCUCCCCAGCAUCUCCGCAACCACCCGGCCCUUCCACGGCUGCCACAGGCAGGUGAGGGGCCCUUGCAGACCCUGAGAUCCACAGCAGCCCCCCUCAGGACAUGGACAGUAUGAAGUUGGCAGGAAUGGGGGGCAGGAUGGUUCCCUAUUCCCCGAUAAAGCCAUUUCGUCCUUCCCCGUUUGGGGCGGAAUGAGGCCUCUCCUCCCCUCCCACGGCUUUCUCCCCGUGAUGGGGGGCAGCCGAGGAGCAGCAGGGCACGGAGCCCCCUGUACAGAGCCUGGAGUGUGUGACCUUCAGACCUUUUCACUUGUAUUUUAUGCAAAAUGGCUCAUGUGAGGGCUGCAAGCUGAAGGGCAGUGCGGGCCAUGGGCCGCAGGGAGGCGCCUGUGGAAGGGAGGGGAGUUCAUGCACCCCUUUUUUCCCCAGAGGGGCUGGACUCAGGUUAGUUUGGGGGUGGGGGCUCCUGCACUUUGCCACAGGCAUGGGGAGGGCCGACUCCCCGGCCCCUCUGCCCUUCACUUGGGUUGUACUUUCUAAGAAGGUGUUUCCCUACCCUCGUCCCCGUCCCCCGAACAAGACAUGUUGAUCAUGUGCAAUAUUUCUUACUGUGCCGAGAAGCCGCAAUGACCGAGAUUAAAGCUGUUUAACACAA